AUGCCACCCAGACAUCUAGACGCUAUGCCACCCAGACAUCUAGACGCUAUGCCACCCAGACAAUCUAGACACUAUGCCACCCAGACAUCUAGACACUAUGCCACCCAGACAUCUAGACACUAUGCACCCAGACAUCUAGACACUAUGCCACCCAGACAUCUAGACACUAUGCCACCCAGACAUCUAGACACUAUGCCACCCAGACAUCUAGACACUAUGCCACCCAGACAUCUAGACACUAUGCCACCCAGACAUCUAGACACUAUGCCACCCAGACAUCUAGACGCUAUGCCACCCAGACAUCUAGACGCUAUGCCACCCAGACAUCUAGACGCUAUGCCACCCAGACAUCUAGACACUAUGCCACCCAGACAUCUAGACACUAUGCCACCCAGACAUCUAGACACUAUGCCACCCAGACAUCUAGACACUAUGCCACCCAGACAUCCAGACACUAUGCCACCCAGACAUCUAGACACUAUGCCACCCAACAUCUAG